UGUAAAUGGUGGAAGUCGCCAAAAUAUUAUUUCUUCAACUUAAAUGACUGUUCGAAUACCGGUUUGGAUUCACAUUGAUAUACGCACAGGAGAGAAGCCAUACACGUGUGGUCUGCGGGGAUAAUUUGUCCCAGAAAUCUUAUGUAAAGCGUCACAUAAAACUAUAUACAAGAGAGCAGCAAUACAAGUGUGUGAUCUGUGAUGUUGCUUCCUCUCUGAAACGUGAUUUACAUAUCCAAAAUCGAUAACACACAGGAGAAAAGCCGUAUAGGUAUAAGACAUGUGAUGCAUAAUUUUCCUUGAAUUUUAAAUACACAUUUGAUUAUGCAAUCAGGAGAGAAGCCAUACAAGUGGGAGAGGUGUGAUGCUUCAUUUACCUUGAAAGGCAGUUUAAAGACACGUUUGAAAAUACACACAGGAGAAAAAACAUACAAGUGUGGGAUAUGUGACGCUGCGUUCUCUUUGAAAGGUAGUUUACAGAGGCAUAAACGAAUACACACAGGAGAGAAACCAUACACGUGUGGGAUAUGUGAUGCUGCUUUCUCUUUCAACGGUAGUUUACAGAGGCAUAAACGAAUACACACAGGAGAGAAACCAUACACGUGUGGGAUAUGUGAAGCUUCUUUCUCUUUGAAAGGUAAUUUACAGCAGCAUAUACGAAUACACACAGGCGAGAAACCGUACGGGUGUGAAAUAUGUGAUGCUUCUUUCUCUUUGAAAAGUUGUUUGAAGGCACAUAUGGAAAUUCACACAGGAGAGAAGCCAUACGAUUGUGGGAUAUGUGAUGCUUCUUUCUCCCUGAAAAGUGUUUUAAAGACACAUUUGAAAAUACACACAGGGGCGAAACCAUACAAGUGUGGGAUAUGUGAUGCUGCAUUCUCAUUGAAAUAUAAUUUACAGACGCAUAAGCGAAUACAUACAGGAGAAAAACCAUACAGGUGUGAGAUAUGUGAUGCUGCGUUUUCAUUGAAAAGUAGUUUACAGCAGCAUAAACGAAAACACACAGGAGAGAAACCGUACGGGUGUGAAAUAUGUGAUGCUUCUUUCUCUAUGAAAAGUUUUUUGAAGACCCAUAUGGGAAUACACACAGGAGAGAAGCCAUACGAUUGUAGGAUAUGUGAUGCUGCUUUCUCUCGGAAAGGCGUAUUGCAGAAACACAUUCGAAUUCACACAGGAGAGAAGCCAUACACUUGUGGAAUAUGUGAUGCUGAUUUCUCUCAGAAGUGUAAUCUACAGAGGCAUUUACGAAUACACACAAGAGAGAACCCGUACAGGUGUGAGGUAUGUGAUGCUACUUACUCUUUGAAAAGUAGUUUACAGGUUCAUACACGAAAACACACAGGAGAGAAGACAUAUGGAAUUCACAGGUGUGAAAUAUGUGAUGCUUCUUUUUCCUUUAAAAGUAUUUUAAAGAAACAUUUGAGAAUACACACUGGAUAGGAGCCAUUCACUUGUGAGUUAUGUGAUUCUGCUUUCUGUAGGAAAAUUGAUUUACAGAGACAUAAAAUGAUACACACAGGAGAGAAACCAUACAAUUGUGGUAUAAGUGAUGCUAAUUUCUCCAGGAAAGCUAAUUUAAAGACACACUUAAAAGUCCACAUAGAUGAGCCAUACACAUGUGAGAUAUGUGGUGCUUAUUUCUCAUUGAAAAGUACUUUAAAGAAACACGAAGAAAACAACCUGAAGAGAAGCCAUUCACUUGUGAUUCUGCUUUCUCUAGUAACAUUGAUUUACUGAGACAUAAAAUGGUACACACAGGAGAGAAACCAUACAAGUGUGGUAUAUGCGAUGCUAAUUUCUCCAAGAAAACUAAUUUAAAGACACAUAUACAAGUACACACAGAUAAGUCAUACACAUGUGAAAUAUGUGUUGCUUAUUUCUCCUUUAAAAGUAUUUUAAAGAAACAUUUGAGAAUACGCACUGGAUAGGAGCCAUUCACUUGUGUUGUGAUUCUGCAUUCUGUAGGAAAAUACAGAGACAUAAACUGAUACACACAGGAGAGAAACCAUACAAUUGUGGUAUAUGUGAUGCUGAUUUCUCCAAUAAAGCUAAUUUAAAGACACAUUUAAAAGUCCACAUAGAUGAGCCACACUCAUGUGAAAUGUGUGGUGCUUAUUUCUCUCAGGAAGGUACUUUUCAAUCACAUAUGAGAAUACGUACACACAAGAGGAGUUUAACAAGUGUGUGAUAUGGGAUGCUGCAUUCUCAGAUAAAGUAUAUUUACAGAAACGUGUUAUAAUAUACAUGUAAAAAAUAAGUUAUUUUAGUUGGAGGUAUACAUGUAUGAAUGUUGAUGUAUCUUGGUCAAGUUACUUGCGGCGUCAUAUUGGGGGGCACACAGAAUCGCCAAACAUAUAUUAAAGACGAUUGUUGAACCUGUAGUACUGUAUUGUUAUAAAAAUAUUCCUACUAGAGGCAGCCAUUCAUGUAUAUAGAGAUGAAAGUGAUAUGAAUGUGAAACACCCCAAAAUACGUCUAAUACCUGGAACAAUUUAUAAUAUGGUGUAUAAAUGUGCCCAAGAAACUUUGUGUUUUAUUUAUAAGCUGUAUUAAAAAUGUAAUUUGUAAUGUUUUAAGACACUUAAACAUAUUCUUAGUAGUUGAAUUUGCUUAUAUGUAUGUCAGCUACCCUUCUUGAAAGAACAUUAUUUUAUAAAAUGUAUUUUUAGGGGCUUUGGAUAUGUAUUUUAAAACCUUUGAGCAUUUAUACUUUAGAUUAUCUUAAAGGGACUGUACACCAGAUUGGCACCAAAACAGUUUUUCUGUAACAAAUCUCAGGACAAUUAUUUAUGCAAAAAAAUCGUGAACGAACAUUAUUUUAUAAAAUGUAUUUUUGGGGGUUUGGAUAUGUAUUUUAACACCUUUGAGCAUGUAAAGUUUAGAUUGUCUUACAGGGACUGUACACCAGAUUUGCAACAAAACAGUUUUUUCUUUGACGAAUAUCGGGACAUUUUUUUUAAUUAAAUGUUUUACUCUUUGAUAUCAUUAUUGCAUUUUUUUUUAAAUGCAAAGUAAAUCGAGUCGGGGACUAAAAUUGCAGACCAGUGUUGUUUUCACUGUGCUACGAAGGCUUAUUCUAAACGGAUGGAAUAUUAAAACUAUAUACCUUACUUGGUUAAUAUCACGUGAUAACAUCGACUAGCCAACCACGCAUAAGGAAUGAAUUCUACUAGGUAGACAAACCUAGUAAUCCUUUACUAAAUUAAAAUAAAUUAAUUGUAAACUGUUUGGUACUUCAGUUAGUAAGGUUUGCAAAUUGCGUCAUCAAAUGAAAAAUCUGGCUUAAAUGUGGUGUCGCCGCAUUGGAAUCUUGUAGAAUUGGAUGUAGCCUUUACUAAGCGUCUUAACAAAUUUCUAUGUAAAUUGAACAUGUUGUAAAUG